CCAUGGAAUCAUGGGAAGGUUCCGGCGCCAAGUUCCAAGAUGGCGGAAAAACAUCAAACAACAAAACACAAAACGAUCUACAAAAGAAAUGCAUUGAGCAUAUUUUUGUAGUAUUUAAAUUAUAUCAGGUUAUAAAUCGCAAAAAUAUGGCUGGAGCGGGUCGAGAUCUCUUUAAAUGGAAUAGGCAAACCAAGCCUUCUCCGAACUACAACAAGAAUAGUAGUGUCCAGAGUUGGAUAAAGAAUGUACAAAGAGCAUCUGAUAAUGCAGCACGAGAGAUGUUUGGAAAUGAUUUUCACAGAGUGCUUGAUCAAGUUCAUGUUGAUGAAGAUGCCUUGAUGGAAGCACAAGAUCUCCUUGAUAAAUGGACUCAUGAAAAGCAAGUCCAAAAUAUUGCACCAGAUCUAGAGUUCUAUGAUGAAGCGUGGAUAAAAACAACCCACACAGCUUGUUCCAACUCUUCUAGAAGUAGAGGAGAGGGGAGCUCUAUGUUUUUUCUGACAGAGGAUGGGAGAGUCGAGGUUGGAGGGCUUUAUGAUGACAGUUUUAAAGCAGUUGAAGAUGAAAAGCCUCCUAGACCUGGGGCAGAAUAUGAGGAAGGCUUGGAAGAGGAGAUCUCUGUACAGCAGGUUCUAAGAGACAUGCUGGACAAGCAGGUUGUUGAGAAUGACAUCAUGUCUGACCUUGGGUUUAAUGACUCGCACAAACGCAAAGAUCCGAGGCCUAAAAUGGAGCUAAGACACCAACAGGUGAAAGCAAAGAGUGAGAAUCGGCGACGCCAAGAAGAGAAAGUCAAACGUGAAAAGAAUGCUCGUAAAGAGGCAGAGCACUUGGCUCGGCAACAGAUCCUUAAGGAGGAGCGAGAGAGACAGGCGCGCAUCAAGCAGGAGGAACAACUAGUACAGCAAGAGAUGAUGAGGAUUAGACGAGCUAUGGAGGAGGAAAAACGGCAGAAAAAAGAACAAGCACAAAGAGAACAGAUGAAGCUUGCUGAAGCUGAACAGAUGGCUCGUCAGUACAUGGAGGAAGAGGAGCGUCGUAAGGAGCAGAAGAGGCAGCAGGAGCAGGAAGCAAAAGAGGAGAUGAGGAGGCUGUUACUGAAGCAGAUGGAAGAGCAGGCGGCGACCGUGGCUAGACAAAAUCUACAGCUACUACGCCGCCAUUUCUCUGCCUGGUACACAGUAGUAGUGGAGCAGCGCAUCAAAUUUGGCAAAGCAAGUGCUUUGGCGGACUGGCGGUGCAAACUGCGUGCAUGGAAUGCAUGGCGAGCAUAUGUGUGGCACAUCAAGUCGGACAAAGAGGCUCAAGCCAUAGCUGUACAGAUGAAGGAAAGACACAGAAAGGAGCAGAUUGCUUUGAACUUCCACCGGAAGCACCUUCUCCAGCGGUGUAUUGUUGCCUGGCAACUGUUUGUCCGUGAAUCUCAGCACAAUCGAAAACUGCAGGAGGAACACCAAAGGAAGACCAACAAGAUGGCUGCCCUUUUGGAGGCAGCCGCCUCUGGCCGCCUGUGGAACAAGAACAGCCAGGAGACUGGGGAUAAUGAAAUUAGUGUCCAAGAUGUGGAACUAGUCGAUUCAAGGCCAAGCACGGCCAGAAAAGUGGAUGAGAUUUUCUCCCAAGACCCUCGAAGGCCACCUACAGACCGAAGCAGUGUUGAUGCCACAGGAUCGACAUCUCGGCGCGCAGAAGUCGCCUUUCUCCCGAACAAACCACACAUGAAAGCCUGGGGCAAUAACUCAGGUAAUGCCCGUCCAAAAACCACAGCAAAGAAGGAUACAUCGAGAACUAAUCACUCGGCUCUCGGCUUGGUGCGUGACAGACCAGCCAGUGCACGAAAAUAUGUGAACAAACAAAGAACUUCCAGUGCUAAUGCAGCGAAAGUUUCUGAUCUAAGAGCACGGUUAAAAGAAUCAAGUAAGAUUUCAAAAGGAUUUCAUCGGAGUAGAAGUACUGAUAUGAUCAACUCCCGGAACAGUGAAAUGGGUCCCGAUCGUGUUAUGGAGUUCGAGGAUGUCAGUCAAAGUGACGACGACCAAUCGGAUUUGCUGGUAGAUUUGGACACAGAGCGUAGCGCAACAUCAACCAAACUGCUUUCCAGAGAAGCCAAAGUGAAGUCGAAUAAACCCACCACUACCCCUCUGAUGCUUGCAAUGGAAGCAAGGGCCAAAGAACGCGAGGCUCGUAAAGCACUCAUUGAAAAAAGGAAACGAAAGCUCGAAGAAGAGAAACUGGCGAAAUUAAAAGAGGAACAAGCCCGGAAGGAAGCAGAAGUAGAAAAAGAAAAACAAGAGAUACUGAAGAAGAAACGCGAGGAGAGGAGAUUAGCGCGCGAGCGAGAGCUCGAAAAACAGCGGCGACUGGAAGAAAUACGACAGCUGAACGUAAAAGCAGAGCAGCAUUACUGUCGCACGUUGCUAAUGAAGUACGGUCUGUCACCAUGGAGACAGCUGGUUGCCAUGGCACAUCAGAAUCUCUCGUCAGCCAUCGAGCAUCACGCCCAGGCGCUUGUCAUCACGUGCUUUUACCCGUGGCUGCAGUUUGCGCGGGAAAACAGCCGACGUCAACAGGAAGCCGCUGACCAGUUGUUCAGACGGAUUCUUCUUCGGCGAAGCUGGCGUUCUUGGAGAAAGUACGGCCAGCACAUGGUCCGUCUAGAGGUUGUGGCUGAGGAUUACUGCUCGGCUGCACGUCUGCGCAAGUAUUUCCGUCUGUGGCAGUGCUGGGUGACAGACGAGCAGAUUCUCUACUGGGAGAAAGAGCGACGUGCGCACGAGCAUGACUUGGUCCGCCUUCAAAAGCUCGCCUUCACUUACUGGAAGAAACUGAUCCCCAUGGCUCAAGAGGAGCGCAAGCGGGAGGCGAGGAAACUGGAAAUGAGAAACAGAGUCAAAGCCUGGCUGCCGGACUUCCAGGGUACUGGUCAGCACUCUUCUCCUUAGGCAUGCGCACUAACUAGCCUUGGAGAAAAGACUGAGGCGUAACGUGUUUAUCGUGAGUCGUAUGUACGUAUGUAAACUAGGGGUCUGGUACCUAGCGUGUGACUUGUGAGUCGUAUGUACACGUAUGUACACUAGGGGAUUCUGAUUGAAGAACACUGUUUUGCUACCAUUUUUACUUACUAAACUUCAAUUAAAGCUGUGGAUUGAGUGUAGAAA